AUGGUCCAGCUAACUGGGCACCCAAGGUCUGGGAAGAAGGGUAGGACCGGCAAGGACGCCUAUAUUCGAGUUCCGUGCGGCACGCUCGUUUCGGAGGUGGUGCAGGAAGAAGAAAAAUAUGGGUUCCAUCCUUGGGCACUGGCCGGUGGGAUCGAAUGCGGUGGUAAAAAAUCUAUCGCGCAAGGAGCCGAGGGCGAAGAAGGGGGCGAGGAAUCUGCUUUCGACGGCGACAGUUAUUGGGGCGAAGAUAACCACGAGGAGGAAGAAGAAGAAGUGCGUUAUGUGGCCGACUUGGAGAAGGAUGGCGACAAGGUCCUUUUGGCGUCAGGAGGAAAACCGGGGCUAGGUAACCUACACGUGGCGUCUCGCAGAGUGGGCACGAAAAUUCCUGGGCAGCGCGGAGAGAGCCGGCACUACCGCUUCGAGCUUAGAACAAUCGCGGACGUGGGUCUUGUGGGGUACCCGAACGCCGGCAAGUCUACCCUGCUCGGGUGCAUCACGAGCGCUAAGCCCAAGGUCGCCAUGUACCCAUUCACUACCCUUACUCCCGUCGUGGGACACGUCGAGUACUCGGACACAACCCGCCUCCGAGUGGCAGACAUCCCCGGUCUCAUCGACGGGGCGCACCGAAAUCGCGGGCUCGGGCACGAGUUUUUGCGGCACGUGUCGAGGACUCGGGCGCUCAUGUUCGUGGUAGAUGCAGCGGGGUCGGAGGGGCGAGACCCGGUGGAUGACCUCAUGAGCCUCAAGGAGGAGCUGAGGCUGUACGACGGCGAGCUGGCAGGGAAGCCGGCUUUCGUGGUGGCGAACAAGACUGACUUGCAGGAGACCGAAGGGCAUCUCGAGAGGCUGCGCCGUGCUGCCGGUCCUCUACCAGUCGUCCCAAUCAGCGCGCUCGAGUCUAGAGGGUUGUUAGAGUUGGUCGUGACGAUGCGACAAGUUCUAGAGGAACACUCGCCUGGCAACCGCACUGAUACGUCGGGCGGAGAAAGCGAGGUAGGGAAUUAAGAUGGUGCUGCAGAUUGAGGUAGACAUGAAGAGGGAGCCGCCGCCGGCGGAAAUAACAUUGAGAAGGGCCCCGCGGUGCCUGGGACAACACCAACGGUGCGAUGGAUGCGUGAGGAGAUGUAGACGAAGCUGGGUAGGCUAGAAUAGAACCAAUCCAUCACGCAGCGCUCUGUGAUGAGCUUCUUAGAUUGCCGCAAGUGACAUAUGUACUUCGCAUUCUAGUUUCGGUUGAUGCCUUGUCUAGGCUGAGGACACGUCGCCCGAUCAAGGAGCUUGGUCAGCUUGGUCAAGAAAUAUCAUGGAAGAAAGCCUUGGCAAUAAUUUAGUGAACGCCUUGGAGCUCAGGAAGCACCUACCAAUACUUUUGCACUUGCCGAUUUCGGGACAACGAAUGGCAAGACGAAAAGGGCAGAAAAAACAAACAUUUACCGACAAACGUGGGGAGCGGGGGCGAAUUGUCAUUCCCGGGGGCGAAGAUCGCCGGCCAACCCAGCUAUUCUUCUUUCUGCCUCUUUGGCACAUGUUUGGGCCCCGACGUCGUAGGUUCCAGCGCAAGAUCGGCAAAUAGGUCCUAAUGUGUGGGUUGAGGGGAUAGGCCCGAAAAAAAAUCAGACGAACGCCAGCGCGGAUCUCUCUCCCCGUUUCUUUUUGUUUUCAAAUAUUUUUCGCCCCUCCACUGCUACGUUCCUUUGAGAGCGCCCCAACGCAUUCUCUUCAGCCAAAACUAUAGAACACUUUCAUUUAUCCUUUUGUGCACCCCCGGGGCGUUCACCCAGAAUGUAUCGGGAUACAGCACUACACCCGCUUGGGCAUCCGUUCAUCGGCGCCAAAGUGCUUUCUUGCGCUCACUCAUGUUUGAUCUAGCCUCACCCGCAGAUUCUAGUAUACGGCAAAAGAACCACAAGGAGAGGAACUGCACCAAGCCUACAUGGUUGUUGAUGAACGGGUUUGCCGGGUGCUUCAAGGACCUCGGGGUGGGCAGGAUAUAUAUAUACUCUUGCCAGCACCAACGUCUUGUGGGUAAAGCAAGCUGUUCGAAUUCAUCCUCGACCUCCAUGCCUAUCAAAUCUAGGGCAACGCUAGCUUACAUGUGCACAAAGAAACAGGGCUUGACGAACCAAUGAGGCAUCGCGCCGCUGUGACAAACAUCGCCCACAUGCUCCAUGUGACGGAAGCAAAGCAAGGGUACCUCCCGCACCUCGGUAACCUCGUGUGUUUGGCCAGCAUUCAACGACCAAAAAACUCCCGAACAAGCCCGCGGGCAAGCUACCGACGUACCCUAUCGGUUUAGUUUCGCCAAGAGAAUCUUGCACAUUACCACUAACCUUAAAUCUUUCAAAAGUUCAAUCCUACAAUUACAAGAUUACAAGAGGAGCAUCGUACAGCACCAGCCACCCGCACGUUGCCAUUUUGGUGCAGAAGCAACAGAAGCCGAACCCAGCAAGUCUUCGACACACUCCUUGCUCCUCGUUUCCCCACCCCUUAUUCCUCCUUGAAGCGCAUCUCGAGUCGCUUCUUGUCGGUCGUGAUGCGUAGCAGCCAGUACGAGAAAGCCAGCACAUGAGCGACCACCUUCUCACCAAUCCCAUCACGGCAUACUGGAUGCCAACCGGUAGAUUGCCCAGGCCCAAUGCAUUAGCGAUGGCAGUCAUGCUCCAAGAGUGGGUACCGUUAGCUUGAUAGGUUGGA